AUGAACAUGUUAAUGGUAACAUUAUCGGUAUUAUCCCUAAUGGGUGUCCGGGGUAGAGUUUUGGAGCAAAAGGAUAUUGAAGGUAUACCACGUUUGGAUGGUCGCAUUGUUGGUGGUCAUCGCAUUAAUAUCAAAGAGGCACCUCAUCAAGUAUCACUGCAAACAUCUUCGCACUUUUGUGGUGGUUCCAUUAUCUCGAAGCAGUGGAUUUUGACCGCGGCCCACUGUACUUAUGGUAAAACUGCUGAUCGUCUCAAGGUACGCUUGGGUACCUCCGAAUAUGCACGAGGCGGAGAACUCAUAGAUGUUGCAGAAAUUGUUCAACAUGAAAAAUUCAAUACCUCCAAUGUGGACUAUGAUUAUUCGCUGUUGAAAUUAUCGCGUGAAAUUGAAUUCGAUGAAACGAAACAAGCCGCCAAGCUACCAGAAACCAAAGAAGAUGUCAAGGAAGGUGAUAAUUGUAAGGUUACCGGAUGGGGUAGCACCAAAAAUAUAUUCGAACGUCGUAAUUGGUUGCGACAAACUGAAGUUCCCAUUUUCAAUCAAGAAGAAUGUUCGGAAAAAUAUCAGAGAUUUGGUGGUGUUACGGAACGUAUGAUUUGUGCCGGCUAUACUGAAGGUGGUAAGGAUGCCUGCCAGGGUGAUUCAGGUGGUCCAUUGGUAACGGAAGAUGGUGUUUUGGUUGGUGUGGUGUCAUGGGGUUAUGGUUGCGCUCGUCCCCAAUAUCCUGGUAUUUAUUCGAGAGUGUCUUAUGUUCGUGAUUGGAUUCGCACCAACAGUGGUGUUUAA